GCACAACACCGGAAACAGACAAGUAAACGGAAGUGAACAAGGCUAAGAACAACUUCCACGUUAGCGGUUUUAUUUAGACGUUUUAACAUCCUGGAACUCAAAAUCGGAUUAAUUGAACUGGACAUCAUCACCCCGUGUAGUGUUUAGUUCGAGUUUGAGACAGGACUUAUUUGAUAGCUAACUAGCUAACAAUGGCUAACUGUAUGAUUUUUCACACUCAAAUAGCCUCCAUCAUGGAGGUUCUAGCGAAUGCAGCCGUGGCAGAGAUCUGUAAACUCGUAGACGACGACUAUGCAGUGUUUCGUUUGGAAAUAACUCAAAGCCAGAAAGAAAACAGGGCAUUGCGGAGGAAACUACUGGAAUCGAAGGUGGCACGGGAGCGCGCAGAAAGGACAACGCGAGAGCGCGUCCUCGCCAGUCGUCCCAGUAGUGUCAAGAUUGUCGAACGAUACAGAGGAAUGGCAAGAGCUUUCCCCCAAUCACACUCUCAGGUGAAGGACAUCUCACUGGAGGCCACAGGAGCUUUGUGAAGCCAGUGGGACACAAUACUUGGAGAGAUGACCAACCAAUCACUGUUGAUGAGGGGAGUGGAACCUCAACCCAGCAUGUUAUCAUGAUAGAGGAUGCAGAUGCAGAGGCUGCAGGUCCUAGAGGAUCGUCCCUGGUCAAGCAGGAGAGGACUGAAGAAGAGGACACACAACACAACAUCACGGAGGUCAGUGGCAUGCUAGAGUCUGCAGAGGCUGAAGAUCCUGGUGUCAAGCUAGAGAGGUCUGAAGGAGAGGAGGACCCAUGGCACAGCAGAGACAUCCAAACUGUAACGGCUGAAGCGCCCCAUGUAAACAGAAAAGACCCAACCUCACCAGCACAGCCAAGGACCCGACGCAGCAUCACGGAGGAGGAGGAGGGUCUGGAGGUGCUGCUGGUGAAGGAGGAGGGGUGUGAGGAGGGUCUGGGGAACCCUGAGGGGACCAUGGUCAUGGAGGACAACCUGACUACACCUCCUGAACCCACAGAGGAACCAGCUGAGCAGCACAGGACCACACACAGUCUCACUGAGCCAGUAGACAUUGAGGAUGGGAAGAUUGAUCUGCUGGUAGUCAAAGAGGAGAGAAUAGAAGACAUAUCCGAGAGCACUGACCUGCUGAGUGGACUAAAGAUGGGGGAGCAAGGUGGUUGGCUAGAGGCUAACAGAGGAGUCUGGGUGUCCAUCUUGGAUUCCAAGACCGGUGCAGCUAAGAUCCCAGGGGACGACAUCACUGAGCAGGCCAGGACCAGAUGCAACAUAAUGGAGGUCAGCGGAUGGGACAGUGUCCUCAACUCUGGGCUGGGGAACAACACUGUUAACCACAACCAGAAACCGACAGUGAAAGAAAAAACAACAGCUGAACUUAGUCUCCAUGGCAACAGACUGGCUGAGACCAGGGCGAGACGUAGAUUAGGUCUGCGAGGGCGGGGAGGUGUCUGUAUUCAGCUGGAGAGAACAGACACAGAGUUGGUUAGCGAUGCUCCCUCCUGCUCUUAUAGUUGUGAUUCAGAGAGACUGAUGGUGCCUCAGGUUAACCCCCUAACAGGUGCUGCCUUCAACCUGCCUUCUAUAGGAUCCAUCAACUGGAACAUGGACCCUGAGACAACACAGACACUCCCUGGCCUUCGUCCUCCUCACACUUUCCUAAUGUUAAACCAGACCUCAGACAAGGCCAGUGCCUCAACACUAAAUGGCUACGCAAGCCCAUUGACAAAUGAAAGUGGUAGUAAUGCUAUCAGCAGAUCCAGUGGCAAAGAGAAGCGCUUCCUGUGUUCGUUCUGUGGGAAAGCCUUCAGUUUCCCCAAACAGGUGGAGAUCCACCAGAGGAUGCACACGGGGGAGAAACCGUUCAGCUGCCAUCUGUGCCGGGCUAGUUUCUCCCACUCGUCCAGCCUGAAAAGGCACCAAAUGGUCCACACAGGGGUGAAACCCUUCAGCUGUACCCAGUGUAACAUGCGCUUCGCCCAGGCUGGUGACCUGAAGAGGCACCAGAGGGUCCACACAGGGGAGAAACCCUUCAGCUGCCCCCAGUGUGAGAAGAGGUUCACCCGUCAGAACCAGCUGAAGAUGCACCUGAAGGUCCACACGGGAGAAAGGCCAUUUUCCAAUACGCACUGCAGGAAGAGGUUCUCAGAGAGGAGCUACCUCAGGAUACACCAGCAGAAAAACCAUUCCACUCUAUAACAUUGAAAGUAACCAUUCCGCUGGAUAGCUUCUGAUGUGUUGAUCAAACCUUGCAAUAAAGACAAAGAUUAAUUUUCAUAGUUGUCAGCAGAAAAUACCCACAGAUGCAGAUUUCAGUGUUGAAUAUUCUUUGGGAGAAUAUUUCAUCCAGACAUUGUGUGAUAUAUAUGCCUAAAAAGCCUGCAUAGUGUUUGUAUUGUGUAGGCUGUGAUUUUCACAAAUACCUAUUUCAUUACUUCCAUUACUCCCCCCCCCCCCCCCCCCAUACACUUUUAAUGAGAAAGUGAAUGCAGUUUUAGUUGAGAUGUGUGGUUUUCAUAUGGUGUAUUUAAAACUGGUUUAUGUUUAAUAAACACUGACUUUUCA